CUUCACCUUUACCCGACCUGGAAGUGAAACAAGAUGGAAGCAGUGGGACAGGUUGCAUCUGCGUUCAAUGGCCGUGUGCUGAAGGAGCCGAGAGGGUUCAUCAAGAUCAUUCUGUUUAUUGUGGCCAUAUUUGCUUUUGCAACAACCACCAGCUUCAGGACCAAUUCAUCUUUGAAGACCAAAUGUAACAAUGCAAGCAACCCCUGGAAGGAAUUCGUCUAUGACUACUCAUAUCCAUUUGAUCUGCGAAGUGUUGCAGUUGUCAUCAACUGUAAUGGCACAUCAAUACCCUACUACCUGGGACAGAGUGAGACGACACAAGCCCAGUUCUACGUGUUUGUCGGAGUCAUUGCCUUCCUCUACUGCAUUGGUGCUCUUAUUCUCUACAUCUUCUUUGACGAUCUCUACCGCAAAAACAACCGAAUUGUCAUUGGGGACUUUGUGAUAUCGGUUGUUAUAACUGCCCUAUGGCUCAUCGCUUCCUCUGCCUGGGCUCAAGGUGUGUCUGACGUCAAGUUCUUCACCGACCCCAGCGAGUCAGGCCUCAUCCAGUUGAUCCCAGAAUGCAAACAUGCUCCCUGUGAAGUCGGUCACCUUGGCAACUUUGCAAGCCUUAAUGUGUCCAUUAUCUUCGGAUUUCUCAACUUUCUGGUGUGGGCUGCCAACCUGUGGUUCUUGUACAAGGAGACUCCUUGGUUCAAGGUCCGCUCUAAGCCUCCAAGUUCCCCAGAAGCAGGCCCGCCUCAGCAACCUCCCACCAACCAAUAUUAAGGUGUAUCCAGUAGUAAGUAGUCUCGACUAACCAAGUACUUCCCUUCUUAUAGCUGUGCAACAUGGUAUUGGAAUAAAAACUAACUUGUGGUGUCAAAAGUAGUUAGGAUAUUUUUCUGUCAGAUAAUAUUUGGUUUGUUUCGAUUCAUUGAUAUUUUGGAUUUUGUAAUAUUGUAGGGAAGAAAUAAUGAAUUUUGAAAUGUCCCACUUGAUAUAUGAGAACCCGGAGGAAAUGUCAGUCAUCACCAGUGGUUUCUAUAUUUCAAUAAUGGAACUCUGUAGCAUCCCAGUCAGACAGAUAGAUGUCAGUGUAGUGUUUACUGAGAGAGGAAGACAUGACACAUGGGUCAGGCUCAAUGCAUUGGUCGGACAUGACACAUGGGUCAUGUUACCCAUAGGUUCAAUGUGACACAUGACUUGAUCGACCAGGUUACUUUCAGAUCAGUGCAAAUUUAUCAGGGGAUGGUUGAGACUUAAAACAGAUCAAAAUGUUUCCUGUCAGAUAUAGACAGGCUGUUGUGUCAUGUAGGAAGCUGGGAUGACUACAGGGUUCCAGCGUUCCACUGCUAUAGGAUAAUCUUGAGAUCUGACUCUGUAGGCCAGAGUUCACCGAGAGGUACCAGUUGUAGGCCAGAGUUCACCGAGAGGUAUCAGUCGUUUGUGAUGUGUGGAUGGGGUACAUUCAGUUUAUUAUCAAACAAGUCAACCUAGAACCUAAGUAACAUGGCUUGUCGUGAUAUACACAUAUAGACUACACUGAACCAGUGGGUGAUGUCCCUUUUCUUUGCCACAAUCCUGUCCAUCUUGUGAAUACUGUUUCCAUAUCAACACAUCCUGUGUUUGUUGGUUUGAUGUAACUCCAGCACCAGCACCACCACCACCAUGUUACCCCAGACCAUCAAGCUGCUGUAGAGUAAUUUACAAUAGGGUUGUAUCCUGGUCAUUCUAACCUUGUGUCAUUUCUAGUAUUGCUUGUGUAUUUGAUGUGUGUGAGUGAAAUCGUAAGUUGCACCGAUUCCAUGUCAAUGUUUAACCCAUUGGUCUUUUACUAUAUAUAUUUUAGAGCACUGAGAAUAGACUGAGUAAUAUCUGUUAAUCGAGUGAAGUGGUUCGUCAAAUCCUUCCAUCCAUUUAAAGUCACACAUAAGACUCCGGCUUCCCACUCCAGCAUAGCAUGGCAUCUUCAUACAGUAAACCUAUCCCAAAAGGCAGUGGACCUAUCCCAUAAUGCACUGAAACGAUCCCAUAAUGCAGUGGACCUAUCACAAAAUGCAGUAGACCUACCCCGUAAAGCACUGAACCAAUCCCAUAAUGCAGUGUAACUGUCUCAUCUUGUCCUUCCCUUUGUUAGGUACAACCAAAAUCAGGUCACAUCAAAUAAUCUGAAAUGUUAUGUUAAACAUCAUUACCCCCAAUACAUCAAUGUCUAACUGGCUUGUCAUAUUGGUUAUUUGGCUUUGAGGAUCAACACUUGUGUAAAUAACAGCCAUAGUGUCACAUACCAUCCUCAAUGGGGAAUUAUUGGGCCAUCAUCUGGGGCAAGUUUAUUCUUGUUAAAGAACACAUACUGUUCAUUCUAGACUGGUGUAGAAAUAUCUAACUCUGAUAGUUGUAUAAGUAAAGGGCCACUAACUGGAUCAACGAAGGUCCUUAAUCUGUAUUAUAUCUUGUUCACGGUUUGCAUGGAUAUUUAGUCUAGUUGGAGUCAUCUCCCUUGCACUGCACAGAGAUUUUCCUCAUACUGUAUUUUUGUGCGAUUUGACAAAGAGUUUACUGUUUGUAUUUUGCUGAGUGUAUUUUUGUAUUAGCUGGAGUCUUCCUCAGGAUCUGUACAACAGAAAAUAAAUGUCUGGGUGGUUGCUAUUUUAUCAACAUUGUGACAAGAAUGUUUUCUACCCACUCAAUUUCAAUUCAACUCAUUGACAAUUGUUAUGUUUAAUCUACUUUCUUAUUCAAGAGAUUCAUGGCUUAUGAGAACUGACAUCUCAGUAAAACAAGAAUGAUCUCAAAACAUCACACCCUGUUAGUUCUAUUCUUCUGUCAGAGCCAAGUUUUAACAUCCGAAAUGUUGUGUAUUUUAACUCUUUGUUGUACAUAUAAAGGGACACUUUCUCUAUUCUGAAGUUUACAUACUUGAGCCACAACACAAAAAUGUUUGUGAUUUGGAUUUAUUUCAUUUGUUUGUACAAACCUGUCUGACUGUAAUGCAAUCAAAUGACAGCUAUUCUGAUUCAUAAUUUUUUAAAAAUAUUUCAGACUCAUGUUUCUGUAACAGAAAUCUGCCAACCAUUGACAGAAACAUGGCUUCCUAUGCCACAGUAAUAGGGUCACCAUUUUGUUUUGGAGGAGUCCGUCGAUUAAAACAUUUGCAUAAACUACAUUCCAUUUGGAAAUAGGUGGCCUUGACCUCAGGGCGAGCAUUACAAUGUGAGUGAUGAAUUUCAUUGCAUCUUGUCGAUGUGAUAUGCCUUGUUUUGCUUCUGUUGUUUGUAUUUUGAAUACUAUUGUAUCUGGUGUUUGAUAUGGGUUGAAAUGUAGAUAUGUAUAUUAUUCAUUUUGUGUGUGGAGCUACCAUUUUGUUAGUACAAGUGAUGAAGUGUCAACAGUUCUUGUCAUCGACAUGCUCCUGUACUUUACGAAUGAUUCACAUGUAAUCAGGUCAAAUAUUCUGUUCAGAAAAAGAAAUAUUGGUCCAAACCAAUCCAGUUUCUACUUUAGUAUGCCAGGGGGCGAAAGAAACAAAUGUUUACCAGCAGUACUGUGUAUAUAAGCAGCCACCAGGUAUAUUCUGAAAAGCCAAGAAAACAUCAUCUGUCACAGGCUUCACCCACUGUAAACAUGCAGCAUCUGGGUUGUGGGCACGGUGGUCAGUCAUGCUGACUGCCUGUUUGAUUCUCUAUCUGCUCUCCCCAAUUAUUGCUGGAAUAUUGCUAAUAGUGGAGUAGAACCAGACUCACUCACUCACUCCAGGGUCUGGGGACACACAAGGGGUGAAGACCUUAAUGAAUACUACACCAGUAAUAACUGAAGUCAGUUGGAUAUUGUAGACCAUAUUUCAUCUAUUGAGCAUCAAAUACGGUGUGUUUAUGACUAUUUAUUCCUGUUUUUAAUCCAUGCUUAUCGAGUUCUUGUAUGCUGUUCAUUCCUUCAUGUUAUAACAUGGUAAUAACCAAUGUUCAGGAUCUCAUGUCCUGACGUACUGUUCUGCUAGUUCCUGUUGAACCAUUCAUUCUGUAGUUUUGGUCCUUUAGUUGUUUGUAUGAACAAUAACGCUAAUAAAUUGGUUUAUUUAUUA